CAUUUCAGAUUAUUGUGGUUUAUUCUUUUGAUCGCAUCCAUUUAUUUCUGCAUAAUAUCCUGCAUAUCCUCCGUACAACGCUUUCACACAAAAAGUACGCAUAUCGGUCUGGAGCGGAACUCUUAUUAUUUUAAUACAUCGAUGCCGGGCCUAACAAUAUGUCCUAUGCAGCGUUUAAAUGAUACCCUCUUCGACAACUUCUGUCGUGUGAAUAAGUUAAGAGGACGUGAGAAGACGGAGCUUUGGGACUUUCUAGAAAAUUUAGCCAAUUCUACGUACACCAAUUUUCAAAAUAUACCAGAAUAUGAUAGUAUUGAUGGUACACUAGAUUCGCUGGGCAUCAGACCCAAACAUUAUAUGGAAUUCAUUUACAAUCUGACAUAUGAUGCCACUUACGAGCCAAUUGAGGUGAACCGUAUUCGCUGCACUGAUGGCGAGCUACACCUGAGGGUAAGGCAGAUCCUCACUGAGUUCGGGCUGUGUUACCUGUGCAGCUCGUAUCUGGGCGAGGAGUACAGCUCACGUUUUCUAAUCUUCGGCGAGUAUCCGGAAUUUAAUAAGUAUCUAAACUUGCACCGGUUUGUUGAUGUUAAGAAGGGAGUCUUUUAUGACACGAGUGUGGGAUUUACGCUGAUGGGCAUCGAGGGUGAGGCUAUAGAUAGCUAUAUACACUCGGCCUUUGAAGUUAUGAAGGUGGAUAAUAAUUUUGGUUACUCAGCUGAGGGAUCUUCAUAUAAUCCGGAAAUCGAGGAAAUAGUUGCCGAAUCAGGCUUGGAGACUGAAACGUCUAUAAGCCAAAGGAAAUGCCGUUUCUAUCAUGAAUCAAAUCUAACGCAUUAUCCAUUUUAUACCAGAAAUAUUUGCCAGCAAGAGUGCCGCAUUAACUUGGCCUAUAAGAUAUGUAAAUGUAUUCCCCACUUUUAUCCGAAUCGAAUUGCAAAUCCGAAGCCUGUAUGCUCUUACAAAACGUUAAAGUCCUGUUUUCCCAGGCAUGCCAGUUUUUUUCUUAAAUUUUACGAGAAGGACGGCAAUCAUGAGAAACCACCCGAAUGUUUUUGUGAACAAAACUGUAUAGACGCUGUGAUCAAACAAACCACUGCUAUUCCCAUGCGGGGCGCCAGACAUUUACUUGGCAGCAUGGGAAGUUCCAUUUCGAUCCUCAGCUGGCCAAGGAAUCAAUUCAAGAGGCAAGUCAUAUUCUCCUUUACGGAUCUUCUGGUUUCAAUAGGCGGAACUGCCGGCCUUUAUCUGGGCUUUAGCGUACUGGGCUUAGUUGAAUUUGUAUAUUUUUUUACACUGCGCUUGCUUUGGCAUUUAUUUGGAUAUGAAAUUUAAAAUUUAUUUUUGCCUGAUAAAAAAUUUUAAAUAAUAAACAUACUUAAUAGA